AUAUACAUCCUCCAAACUAGAAUACCCACGCCCACCACAAAUGGAAAUUACUCACAUCUUACCUGCAAUCUUCGCCCUUCUCCUCCUUCUCUAUGCUCUCUUUCGUAUAGCUUCUCCGAGAUCCGCCGCUAACCGCACCAACAAGACACUUCCACCUGAAGCCGCCGGUCGUUUGCCACUGAUCGGCCACCUCCAUAAACUAAGUGCAACAGAGCCAACUCACAUAACCUUGGCCAAAAUGGCCGACGUCUACGGACCUAUCUUUACCUUAAGAUUGGGCAUGAACACAGCCCUUGUCGUGAGCAGUUGGGAAAUAGCGCGAGAGUGCUUCACCACAAACGACACAAUUUUCGCAUCCCGCCCAAAGGGUUUAGCCCCAGAGCUGCUCGGCUACAACAGCGCAAUGAUGGCGAUUAGCCCAUACGGUCCAUACUGGCGCCAUGUGCGCAAACUAGCCACGCUUGAACUCUUGACAAACCAUCGCCUCGAGCAGCUCCAACACAUUAGAAUAUCCGAGGUUCAAAGUUCGAUCAAGAAACUGUAUGAGUUAUGCGCCGACAGCACAAGUAAGGGAUCAGGUGGGAAAGUGAGGGUUGAGAUGAGGAAGUGGUUUGGGGAUGUAAGUCUGAAUACAAUAUUUAGGAUGGUGGUGGGAAAGCGAUUCAGCGCUGUUUUCGAAGGCAGUGGUGGGGAGCAGUACCGACGAGCAUUGAGGGAUGUUUUUGAACUGUUUGGGGCAUUUGUUCCUUCAGAUUCGUUCCCAUGUCUAAGUUGGUUGGAUGUGGGAGGGUAUAAGAGGGCCAUGAACAAGACCGCCAAGGUGCUUGACGAAAUGCUUAGUAAAUGGAUCGAAGAACAUCGAGAGAAGAAGAAGAAUUGGGGUGAAGGUGGAGUGGACACAAAGGAGCAAGAUUUCAUGGAUGUCAUGCUUUCUGCUGUCGGCGACGACGGAGGGUUAUGUGGUUUUGAUGCGGAUACAGUCACCAAAGCCACUUGUUUUGCCAUCAUAUUGGGUGCAUCCGACACUACAAUAAUUACUAUGACAUGGGCUCUUUCUCUACUCCUCAACCAUCCAGAAGCACUCAGGAAGGUACAACUUGAAUUAGAUGAAAAAGUUGGAAGAUCAAGACAAGUGAAAGAAUCGGAUGUCAAAAAUCUAUUGUAUCUCCAAGCCAUUAUGAAGGAGACAUUGCGUUUAUAUCCUGCCGCGCCGUUACUAAUCCCUCAUGAAUCUGUAGAAGAUUGUACAGUUUUAGGUUAUCAUAUUCCAGCAAGGACACGUCUUAUAGUGAAUGUUCAAAAGCUGCACAAAGAUCCACUUAUUUGGGAGAAUCCUUGUGAAUUUCGUCCAGAAAGAUUCUUAACAAGCGACACAAAGUUUGACAUGAGAGGACAAAAUCAGCAACUAAUGCCAUUUGGAAGUGGUCGAAGAAUGUGUCCUGGAAUCCUGUNUCUUCUCCGAGAUCCGCCGCUUGCAAUCUUCGCCCUUCUCCUCCUUCUCUAUGCUCUCUUUCGUAUAGCUUCUCCGAGAUCCGCCGCUAACCGCACCAACAAGACACUUCCACCUGAAGCCGCCGGUCGUUUGCCACUGAUCGGCCACCUCCAUAAACUAAGUGCAACAGAGCCAACUCACAUAACCUUGGCCAAAAUGGCCGACGUCUACGGACCUAUCUUUACCUUAAGAUUGGGCAUGAACACAGCCCUUGUCGUGAGCAGUUGGGAAAUAGCGCGAGAGUGCUUCACCACAAACGACACAAUUUUCGCAUCCCGCCCAAAGGGUUUAGCCCCAGAGCUGCUCGGCUACAACAGCGCAAUGAUGGCGAUUAGCCCAUACGGUCCAUACUGGCGCCAUGUGCGCAAACUAGCCACGCUUGAACUCUUGACAAACCAUCGCCUCGAGCAGCUCCAACACAUUAGAAUAUCCGAGGUUCAAAGUUCGAUCAAGAAACUGUAUGAGUUAUGCGCCGACAGCACAAGUAAGGGAUCAGGUGGGAAAGUGAGGGUUGAGAUGAGGAAGUGGUUUGGGGAUGUAAGUCUGAAUACAAUAUUUAGGAUGGUGGUGGGAAAGCGAUUCAGCGCUGUUUUCGAAGGCAGUGGUGGGGAGCAGUACCGACGAGCAUUGAGGGAUGUUUUUGAACUGUUUGGGGCAUUUGUUCCUUCAGAUUCGUUCCCAUGUCUAAGUUGGUUGGAUGUGGGAGGGUAUAAGAGGGCCAUGAACAAGACCGCCAAGGUGCUUGACGAAAUGCUUAGUAAAUGGAUCGAAGAACAUCGAGAGAAGAAGAAGAAUUGGGGUGAAGGUGGAGUGGACACAAAGGAGCAAGAUUUCAUGGAUGUCAUGCUUUCUGCUGUCGGCGACGACGGAGGGUUAUGUGGUUUUGAUGCGGAUACAGUCACCAAAGCCACUUGUUUUGCCAUCAUAUUGGGUGCAUCCGACACUACAAUAAUUACUAUGACAUGGGCUCUUUCUCUACUCCUCAACCAUCCAGAAGCACUCAGGAAGGUACAACUUGAAUUAGAUGAAAAAGUUGGAAGAUCAAGACAAGUGAAAGAAUCCGAUGUCAAAAAUCUAUUGUAUCUCCAAGCCAUUAUGAAGGAGACAUUGCGUUUAUAUCCUGCCGCGCCGUUACUAAUCCCUCAUGAAUCUGUAGAAGAUUGUACAGUUUUAGGUUAUCAUAUUCCAGCAAGGACACGUCUUAUAGUGAAUGUUCAAAAGCUGCACAAAGAUCCACUUAUUUGGGAGAAUCCUUGUGAAUUUCGUCCAGAAAGAUUCUUAACAAGCGACACAAAGUUUGACAUGAGAGGACAAAAUCAGCAACUAAUGCCAUUUGGAAGUGGUCGAAGAAUGUGUCCUGGAAUCCUGUUUGCCCUUCGAUUUAUGCAUUUUAUCCUUGCAAAUCUACUUCAGAAAUUUGAAAUUGAGAGGCCAUCCGAAAAAUUACUUGACAUGGAAGAGGGUUUUGGAUCAACUGUCUCAAGAAAAACUCCACUUGAAGUUGUUUUAAGUCCUCGCCUAACAAAUCAAGUUUAUGAAUGAUUUUGAAAUCGUGGCAAUAAACGAAACUAUAAGUAAAGGUAUAGUAAAGAGGGGCUAUUGUUGUGACAUAAAUUU